GGAACUGAACCAACUAUACAAGGAAUAUGACACCUGCAAAGAGUAUGAAAUAAGUCGUGUCUAAACAAGUGGGUAUUGGAUGGACUACUCAUACGUGAGGUGUAAACAGACUUGUAUGACUCGUGACUCGGACUCAGUCUCGAGUCCGACUCGAGUCACAGUUUUAGUGACUCGGACUCUGUUCACUUUGACAAAUAAGUCGGACUCGAGGCUGCGGAUUCGGACUCGACGUGCAUGACUUGUGACUCGGCAGAAAUUACAUCGUUGCGUUUUUUUCACUUAGCAAAACAACGCCUGAUGCGAAAUAGAGGAAAAGUGUUUCCUUUCUACGAAUGAAACAUUUGUAGAACUUGAAUAUGUUUUUCAGGACUCGACCUUUGUGACUCGUGACUUGCACUCGGACUCAUAACUCGGGACUUGGACUCGAGAGAUGCAACUCAGACGUAGACUCGAUGUUUCGUGACCCGAGUAAAAGUCUGGGUGUAAAUCAUAUAUAUUUUUUUCAAUUUUAAUAGUCAUUUUCCAAAGUAAUUUCAAAUACAGUUCUCGGAAGGAAAGCUUUUCAAUUUGAAAUAGCGCCCUCCUCUGGUCUACUCGACAACAAAAAAAAACUCACACAUGCUGAAGCUCAAGCGGACAUCAGACUAAAUUUGCAGUGAGAGUACUUAACUCCUAUCGCGUCCCGACAAUAUUCCCAAUGAUCUGUUAUUGGCGAUUAAAAAAUGGUCACUCCCUUAAUCGGUAUGUCAUUAAAUGUGGCAAAUCAUUUUCAAAUCCCAUCUCCAUUCCGUAAGUAGUAGUGCAAUCGUAACUGCGUGCAAGCAAAAUGCGUUGCCCAGUUCAUUUGCCGCUCGUUCAUAUUGAGCGCCGUAAGAGUGACACAAAACGUGCAUAACACAUAAAACAACUGAUGAUUAAUCAAUUUUAAAUCGACAUCUCAAUGCUGUUCCUGCCACGUACGCAAUAGACAAUCACCAUUUCGGCAUCCAGUCUUCAGCUUUGAAGUCAUAUGAGUUGAUAUCACAUGUAUCAGCCUCUAAAAAUAAUGCUAUAAAUUUAAACCAAAUUUAAACUUUGUGCUUUGGAUGGCACAUGCAGAGCUCUCUCGGAAAGCUUAAAUGCGUCCAAAUACACGAUGAUCUUAAUAAGCCCACACAAAAUGAAUUUACAGUACAGGGCACGAGUGCGAUAUCUGAUCGCAUCCUUUUAAUAGCGGUCGCGCGCCAGCACCGAGGGCCGUGUUUAUUAAAUCAUGGGCGGCGAGGGGUGCCAUCGGGUUUUUUGCGGCUUCUUGUACUGUACAUGCGUUCCUCUCUCGCGGUGGGCAAUUCGACACCAAUUGCAUUGUGGCAUCACAACUAUGGAGUGUUCCCUGCUGUCUUGUAAAAAAAUAUAUUACCUGCUCAUGUUGUAUGAGCCUCCAGAUCGAAGACUUCUCAAUAUACACACGUGCCGCAUUUGAGACAGAACUUGGAUAUGUCCCGGCGAUAACAAUUAAGAAUCUCAUAAAAAGGCUCCAAACUCUAAAUGUAAUUUUAGGAAUCUGCUUACAAGUUUUACAGUUGAUAAUUUCUUUUCAAAUAAAGAACUCGUUAAACGAAAACCCUGCACCCAAAUUAACAAGCGACAAAUUAAAAAAGCAACAAAAUAUUACGCAAAAUAAGACCAACGACUCAGCAUACAGACAGAUGAAAUAGAAACUGCCAGACAAACAGACGAGCAGAUAUAAUGACAGUAAGAACGGCACCCAGACUGCCAUAGAGAGAUUCAUUUAACUAGCAAGAGACGACUUCUCUCAAGUUGUGACUCCGAGCAUCGCACACGACCUUGCGCGAACUACCGUACCCUAUCAGUCUCGCCUUACAGAGGCAAAAGGAGGCCGUCAUCGACUCGUACCUCUCAGCACGAGCACGCGACCUGCUCCAGAUACGCCACUGUGGGGAGUGUGUACACCCACAGAUGUAAAUAUCAUUCGUUAAGAUCACUGGCCUCCACAUUUGAGAGCGGAUGGGAUCUGCUGAAGGAAAGGCGAGGCUGGGCCAAGAUGUGGCGGCCUUUGUGGGGCAUCUUUGGCGUGACUGAGCUAUUUCAAACAUCCCAGGACUUGGAAGCUGCUGGCUCGCAUCUUUCUGGAGUAGUGCUGUCUUCAGUGAUAGGGUUUAGGUUUUAUAUUCUGCAACACUGUUGUUAAAAGACUUUUCAGGAAACCUUGCAGUGUUAGCAGACCUGAUGCAAAUAGACGAGACAGCUUGUGCUUGUUUGCUGCCGCAAUCUACCUCCGGUUUGCCGCCAAGGAUUUUCCCCGAGAGUCGAAGUUUGUAUACGGUGAGAUUGAUGUAUGGACCGGCAUGACGCAUUAGGCCCAUGUCCUUGCGAAACAAGAUGACCCGUUCCUUCUCUCACACAUCGAGUUGCAUCAGUGGAGAGAGAUGAGACAGUUGCAUCUGAUGAUGGGAUUCCAUCCCCGAGCUUGCUUAUAUCAUCUUUCAAUAAACAACAUGAAUGUUUAAUAGGUCCACGCGCGGCGUGAAAUACGACGGGUAUCGUCUGAGUCUGCGGUUUAAACGGGGGAAGAAUCGAUGUCAUCACGGGGGCCGCAUCGUUGAUGGUACGGCAGCGCCUUACCAACGGACGGUACACAUCAUCAUUAACCUGAAGGAACUUAUCCCAGUCACAAACUGCUUCCAAGAUCGGAUCUUCCCCAAGCACGGCUAUCAACAGUGCAUGCAACGGGGACGUCAGAGACGGGGGAUACAAUGACCCGGUGAACGUUGUUCGUGCCAAGAUGAAAUUUGGGCCCUUACUUUGCAUUUCAGACCCAGUUGCGUGUAGACGAUGCCAACAUCGCUCAAAUGUUCUCCGGAUCUUACUGUCGUAGCAGUCGGCACGCCAUUAAAUCAAAUGCCAAGAAUAACUUUGACCGUACUUUGGACUAGCUUGUGAAUCACAACUGGUCUCUUAACCCUUUCACCUUGGAGCUAUGAUCUCAGUAAACACGGCUGGCAGCGCUUCACGCCAGAAAACAAUGACUGAAUCAUUAACCUUCGUUGGGGUUAAGGUUGAUUUGGGUCAGGAGACAAGGAUUCAUAAGGAUACGAUAUUUGAUCGAGAAGAAACUGGAUAUCAGAAACCCAGGGACUGUAAAAAAUAACAGCCAUCGGCUUGGUCGAUUCGGAUCAGAGGAUGUUCUUCAUUUUUGACCCAUAAAAUCUGAAACAGUCACUUUGGGAUGGAUUUGAUGAGUCUCUGCAAUUUUGCUUUGACUUGAGCGCUUUCCCCUGACUUCAGUCCAAAGUAUAGCGGAAUUACUGCCGACUCAGCCAGUAGUCGGAUAGUUGAUUAAGCCAAGGCGGAUAAUAAUGACGCCAAAAGAUGUCUCUCGAGCCCCCGAAUGUAGACACUUCAUACUUCCCAGCCGUUUCUUCAUAAUGACAGGUUAAUUUCAAAUUUAGAAGUCGGCUGCGCGAAGUGAUACGGCACCGCACGAAAGGUUCGAGGCAGUUCACGCCGCGAAGGCAGAGGCAUCUGUGGAUCGGUUGCAAAUAGUGUUUGACUGUCGUGUGAAAAUACGGGUCUUCAUUACGUGUGAGACAAGCACCACAAGUGGAAAGCUGUCUAUCUGAUAUUGGCACUCCCGUGUGCAUUAAAUUAACAGCCAUAAAACUCGCACUGCAUUGCAGACACCAGUACUUCAGGGAAUUGACACAAGUGCACAUCGAAUACUGUACGACCCAGUAUCAAGGAGCGGAGAGGUUCUCGACACGAUUUUGACCCCGGUUUGACCUCAGACACAGCGUACUACCAAUUUAACUGCGUGAAUGAGACGGUUUUUUUUUUUUUGGUGUACACAUUCUGUAUGUACGAUAAAUAAAGUGUAGUGGGAGUUGUCCUCUGACAUCGCCGGUUGCCACUGGAGUUCCACGCAAGCCUUUGUGUACCUGCAAAUUUCUCUUAAUUUUCUGACGGCGGCCGUACGGACACAUACACCUGUGCAUUGUGCAUGCAUGCACGCUGUUUGUGUGCAGAUUCGGUUACACCAGACACGUCGCUGCAGAAGCUAAUAUGCCAAAGGUGCAAGUAAUGAUGAGAAUUCAUUCGUGGGAAUUAAUGUUGAUUAGGGAAGUUUACAAUACAGAUGGUUUCUCGGUUGCUGAAUAUUGCAUGCCGCAAUACGUGUCAUCCCGUUCCUAUAGCUACCAGUAUUAAAAACCUUGUGUAUAUAGACACAGCGGCAAAUGUGGCGGUGAUAAUGGUGCAUUAUCUCUACUGUACAAGUGCUUAUUUCGGAUUGUUUUUCCUGUGAUGAUCGAUACGAGGAUCUUGGACACCGUACCAAUGCACGAAUGAUAUUGUAAGGCAAACGUAGGUGAGGUCACGAAACUAGUCGCUGGAGUGGACGUCUAGUGGAGUUGAGCUCCAGUUUGAACUCGUCCAGUUUGAACACCAAACAGAACCAACCCUAGUCUCGGCUCAAGCAGUAAGCUCGAAAGCUAAGUACAUCCCAGUCAAGGUCAUCGCGUGCAGCCUUCUGCACUGACCACAGCAAAAGCACCAAACCAUAAUGAAGGGUGUCUUUCAGUUAUCCGUAAAUAUCGCGGCAGAACUAUAAUCGCUUCGCCUCCACCCACGGCUCCAUUGUAUUACCGUCGUGGGCCGGUCUUUUGUCCCGUGGGCACCCAACCGAACUCACAGACAGAAGGCCUAUGUUGUAUGGGGCCCAGGCCCACUAAGCUAGGACUGGUGGUUGUAAUGGUGCACGGAACUCGUGUGUGGAAAACAGCUCAAAAGAUGGAGGUAUGGAGGUCAUGGUACGUACAAUCUUUGAAGAACUUGUUCGUGUGAGGUUUUGUACGGGGGUGGAUUAGGGGUCCAGGGUGUUUCCCUAAACAGUUGUGAUCAUUCCCUCAUUACUCAUGUUGUAGUUAUUUUAUCUUACCCCUCGUACAUACAGAAACAAGGGGUGAACAUUGCACCGGGAGCUAUACACAGACAGAUGUUACUUCACUCACUUGUUUCGUGUUCACGUAGACUAAGCAAGAGUGUAUUGUAUAUCCCGCGAACGGAAUCGACGCAGUGACUACGUGUGGAACUAGUGACUGGCUCGUGGGUUGGCUGUAAAAAUUCAGCCCACUAGACUGGGUUUCCUGGACAUAUUAUCCAAGGAAAACAUGGCCUCCCUGAUGUUUCCUGCUCAUGGUCUGGUAGCCGAGAUUGGCCGGAUGCUGAGAAUUAGUGUCAGCCCUCCUCAUGACAGAAUGAGGAUGGUAGUGUUCCAGCUCUGCUGCCGUCGGGUCCGCGACCCUACUUGUUGCAGGCUUCCUCUAUAGUCUUCUAUCUCCUAAUCCACCCGUUUCCCCAAUAACGCCGGUGGAAAUGACAUCAGAGGAAAUACCAGUUUGUGGCCCCGCCGUCAGUUGCUGCUGUAGUUGUGCCUGUUUUUUACACCGUCAGAAGCUGCUGGAUCCAAGCCCAGAUCUGAGCAGCCCACCACACGACCUAGUCCGUGCGCUGGGUUGGGAGGAGGACAUAGGGAGGUUUGGACUCCGAGGACUCGCUAGCUUGAGCUACAAUCCAGCUGAGUUGCCCGGGCUUACCCAGUCCCAAAGGGUACCCUACAAUCGUCGGAGUAAUCGGAAGAGUCAUCCCGAGUAUCCUGUAACGAUCAGUGCUGGGCUGGCUAUUCUAGGGCUUGGCCCUCGUCAGUUCUUUGUGAUCGUGUGCUUAUAUUUACGGUUCCUGGUCUCUCAACGAGUGGAAUAUUUGGAUUUUAUACGCGAACUGUUGCUGGGUCUUCUCUUGGUGGUGUGUUUCACCCUGAGAAAAUACGGUGAAUUCCCCGAACGCAGUUGGAUCCAUUCGUUUGUACAUGUAAACUUGGGCAAGUUUUCCACAGGAAUUGUGCAGUCCGAAUUUGAGGCAUUUGCGUCGCUUGCGUGUGAGCUUAGAUUUGUCUUAAGUCUGACUCGCUUUGAUCAGCUCCCAACUUUUGGGAUCUGUUAUCAACCUGGAUAUACCAGCGAAAGACCGAGUGUCCAAGUCAAAAUACAAGCAUUUCUACCACCGUUGCUCCAAGUUUAUACCAUCAGAUUUCCACAAACUUUGACCAAGUUGUGGGAUGCAAGUUUAACUUUGAUUUCGAACGUGUGUGAUUUAAAGACGAAGGCGCGGAUUUUGACUCGAAGUGGCGUGUUUUGCCAGCCUUCCGUGACGCCACUGACCACCAUAUUUCCCCUGGUCGCCACCCUAGGCCGAGCUCAUUACGCCCCACGACUCCUCCAGCACUUGCCGAUGGGGUGCAUACUGCCCAAACGCCAGAAAAACCUCGGUCUUGAAGGCGACAUCAAAGUCUACGACCUGCACGCCAUCAUCGACCCACACCCGACCACGCUGAUCGAGAACUCGCCCACCGUGCUCAAGUACCAGACACCGCACUUCCGCGCCUCGGCAAGGGUGCGAUUCCCGCCAGUUAGCGGCAAUGACACCUGGCAGAUCGGAUGGGUUCAGGGAUGCAGUAACAUGGACUUCACUAUUUCCUAUGGAAACCUUGGAACGUCCAGCUGGGAGAUUCCCUCCCUGAAGAGCAACCAACAGCGCUUUGUCAGCGACUCAGAUGGCAAGCACUACCCUUGGUACGGCUGCACAACGGAAGUGGCCACCAUCCCGGGUCCCACGUCGUGCUACAGCACCUUCCACCUGCGCAUGAAUGACAACUUCCACCCGUCCAUCACCUGGGACAUCCCCGUCCGCAACAGCCACCAGGUGCGGCUGACCAAGCUGGCCAGGGACCAGAGCUUCACCGUCUGGCUAGUGGCCAUGAACAAGAGCACGGGGCAGAAGUUUGUCCUGCGGACGAUCAAGUGGCGCAUGCGCAUCAACAUUGCUGUGGACGAGACUCAGCCGCUGGGCCGACGGGCGCGCCUGCUGGAUCCCAUUAUCCAGGAGCAGCCCCACAUCCUGGAGCCCUGGCAGAACGAAGUGGCGCCCCCGGAGGCCCUGCGCGCACCCAACGCCAACAAUGCACAGACCCUAAUAUGGCGGCCGACUAGUGGAGGCGAAGUUGUAAUUGUUCCACCAGUCAGCCAUCACUAACCUUUCCCUCCCUUCAGAAGAAAAAAUUUUGAAAAGGACAAAAAAUAGUGAAAAGUGAAAAAAAAAUAGAAAUGAAAUCAGCAUCCAAGUGCCUUUACUCGACAAACAGUACUCCUUUUUGAUUUGGAAAAAGCGAGUUAACAUCAUCAUGAACUGUGUCACCAAAAUAUAUAUCACAAAAUCUCUCCACUGAUUACAUUUUAGCUUAUUUUUGGGAGAGAAUGUUUAUUAUCAGAGCAAGUGCAAUUUGUGUGAGUUGGAAAUGUAGCAGUUGUCAGUCAAGCAGCGAGAAACAAGUCUUCAAGUUUUACAUAGGUUGAUGAUACAAUAUAUGUUCUUUUGUCAGGGGCAUUUUUACGUGUCACACCAAUGCUGUGAGCUCUGUACACAUUAAUGCCCGAGAAUCAUUAUUUUUCUUGGCCUUUUUGUGAACAAGUCAACAAUGAUAUGCAAAUGAAUUUAAUGAUGUCAUCACCAGAUUUGUUCUGAGGAAAAGCAUGACUGUAAGCACAUACAAUGAGCAUUUCUUGGCCAACUGAAAACCAAACAAAUAAAUAAUUGGGAAUUUACUGAAGGAGUUGGCGAACACAGUUAGCCAGAACAUAAUAUCAGCCAACUACAAAGUGUCUCUGAGUUUGUUUUUUUUUAAAUCUUGAUUAUAAGUGCUUGUUGACAGGGUAUUAAGUGAAUAACAGAUUGUUGGAAAGGUUCUGUUUACAGCAUGAUACUUGACGUAAUAUUUUAAAGUACCACCAAAUAUAAAAACUAAUAUUUAUAGCAAUCUGUACCCUAAAACCGAAGUGUUUGUGGUUUGACAUAAAGUUGAGGAACUGGAUGUUGGGGGUCUGAUGUCUAUAGUUCACCUUGAUGUGAUUUUGAGAGUAUCACGUUCUGAACUUUUUUGUGCUGCCAAAUUCAACUGCUUCAAAACGAAAUAUGAUUCUUGGGAGGAAAUCACAAAUGCCAGGAUGAGUUUCACCUCAUCAGAAAGAAAUAUUUAGGUGUAUUUCUGAGGGAGAAAGAAGACCACUGAACCUUGGGGUUAAAUCAUAUCUGUUGGAGUAACAAAUCCACAAGAUGGCAAGGAAAAUGAGGGGAGGUCCCUGGAAUGCGAUGUUACUCAAAUCAGGUUAAGAGAGGGCAGCAUAGUUGGCAAUUCAUAGCUCUGCAGUAUGGGUUUUGCCUGUAACCAUAGCAGGACUGCUGGGUAUUGGUUACCAAUAAAACCAGUCAAAUUCUUUCAUGUAAUCAGAUUUGCUGCCAAUUUAAACACCGUCCCCGUUGUCAGUGAUCGAUGCAAAACAGAAGCUAAAAUGUCAUGUUUUGUUUGAAAUAUUUUGUUUCAUUUGGAGAUGUUUGUCUCACUUUACACUUCAUCUGUAACUUUCCACUUUCUUUGAAGCAGGUCACAUACAUCUAUUUGAUCUCUUCUGUUAUUAAUGGUUUCUUUGCGAAAUAUUUAGCCAAACAUGCAGCAAGGACUAUAUUUUUGGCAACUUCCUAUCACAAGAAGCUGGAAAAAAAUGAAGGAUAUUUUAAUUCUGUGGGAUGGGACCCCCUCCGGCAACCCAAAGAUGCCAAAAUGUUCUCUGUAAUUCACAGGUAUAGAUUACCUUGCAAGUCACAAAAAGAAAUGAACUCUGCUACACAAGGCAGCGGUCAUGAAAUGGGUAAACUAACCUGCCGUGCAAGGUGCUUGGAACACCAAUAACAUCCUUGCAUAUGGGGAGACUAGAUUCUAAUGUAAACGUGCUAAUGAAGAAAUACGGCUUCAUAUAAUACAGAUACUUUCUAUAUUGCUACUUGACAAGGAAUGGCCACUUGUCGGUUACCAGGGAAUUGUUGGUUUCAGUCGUUUACAUGCCUUUAUUACGAGAGUGAGUGAUGAGACUGUGGUGAAAUAUGGAGGUGGUUUGUUAUGUUCUAAGAGCAUCUUGUCAAGAAUUCUGGAUGCACGAGAAGUAAGUCUGAUUCGAAGGCUUCAACAUACUGAAGCACGAUGCAAUGAUUUUGAUGUUUAUUAUAAUGAAAAACUUGCUGCCCUUUGAGAGAAAUUUUUGGGGUGACCCAAAUUUUGGGAUUGAUAAUCUGCUUUUGUUUGAUACUGCCUCACAAAAGUGAAACUUUGAUCAGUGGACCUAUUAAAUGAUUAGCUGUCACAUGACGUGGCAAGAUUACUGUCUGAAAAAAACUGAUGAUUUUGUUGCUCAAUAAAAGAAAAAUCGUCAAUAUCAUUCUAUAGACAGGGGGCAAAUCGCAUGAGUCCGAUGCCUACAUUGGGCAGAAUACCAGCUGACAUAUUUGCCCGCAUAUCAUUAUCAAUCCAGAUCAACCUGAGAUGUAAAUAUUUGUCUUUAUUAAGAAACGUCGCGAAAUAUCAUGAUCAUACCCCCAGGGAUUUAUCGAAAAACGAAUUGUCUAUUUUUCCUUUUCAAGUAUUAUGCAAGGAAACAGUGUAUACAACACAGCAUUUAUAUGUUCAUUUUACGUUUUGUACAUUGAAGGGUUUCAGUUUUUGUAUAUUUUUGUACAUUGGGAAGGGUAUGACAUAGAACAGAAUAUAAAUGCCUGGUUGUUAAGCUUUUAUUUUAUCCUUUGUAGUGCUCCGUAGACAAAUAUAAUCCCUAUCUUCUGAACUGGAUUCUUCAUUUUCCGUUGUGGUUGGUAGUUUCAACCCUAAAUUGCCAAACUCUAUUAACUUUAAAAAAGUCAAUAAUGAUGCAACACUGUCAAGAAAUUUUAGUAGAAUCAGUGGAAGACAAGAGUAUAUCUGAUUGGUUUUUUGUCUUUAAACUAUCAAUAUCACGCAACACACCGUACAUUGUUCUUGCUGUGCAAUAAUCCUGAAUGGUUUUCUUCCAGCUUCAACUUCUCAUUUUUCCCCUUGGAAAAAAAGUGAUCCCCCCCUCCCUUAAUAGGCAAUAAAUUGUCAUGGUUGUGUGACUGCACAAGAAAGUCUGAUUACAAAUAGAAAAGUUUAUUUUCUAGGAAAUAUUUUGUAGUGAAGGACACUGACGUAAUUUGUACAGAGUAAAUCAUGCAUAAUUUAAUAUAGUGGUUAAAAGAUUAGAUGGUUACAAAAAGAAAUAACUGAACACCGACUACUUUCAAAUGAAUUAUUUAAAAUGUCUGAUGAGAAUCAAAUAAAAAGGCAAAUAUUCACCGACGAA